ACUAUCGCAUCUACUUCAGCAAUGACUCCUACAUUCAGACGUUCCUCCCCGAAGACUUCACCUACCUGCCACAUCUGCAGUGCCCGGAGCGCCUCCCGUUCAUGAAAGGCCGGAUGGAGGUGAACAUGACGGAAGUGCAGAUGAGGGACAUCCAGCAACUCUUUGCUAAAGACGCCAUAAAAGUGGGGGGCCAUUGGAAGCCCGGAGACUGCGUUCCACGCUGGAAGGUGGCCGUCCUCAUCCCGUUCCGGAAUCGGCAUGAGCAUCUUCCGGUUCUCUUCAGACAUCUCCUCGCUCUGCUGCUGAGACAACGACUGCAAUUUGCCUUCUACGUCAUUGAGCAGGUGAGAGGCGAGGACUUUAACCGGGCGAUGCUCUUUAAUGUCGGCUUCCUGGAGGCGAUGAAGGAUCUGGAUUGGGACUGUCUGAUAUUUCAUGACGUCGACCACAUUCCAGAGAACGACCGCAAUUAUUAUGGCUGCCAGGAUAUGCCGCGGCACUUCGCUGCCAAGCUGGAUAAAUACAUGUACCGGCUGCCGUAUAAGGAGUUCUUUGGGGGGGUGAGCGGCCUGACGGUUGAACAGUUCCAGAAGAUUAACGGUUUCCCCAAUGCCUUCUGGGGUUGGGGUGGAGAGGAUGAUGACCUCUGGAACAGGUUGCAGUAUGCUGGAUAUAUGGUGACACGUCCAGAAGGGGAUAUCGGAAAAUAUAAGUCUAUUCCCCACCACCACCGAGGAGAGGCCCAAUUUCUGGGGCGGUAA